CUCCUCUUUGGUGCCCAAGAGCGAUUAUAAUCUAACUUCAUCUUUAAAUAUUCAGUAGACUCGGCAUAUCUCUCCAGAAUAUUACACUAGUCAGCAACAUGCUUUCAUUCUUGAGAUCGUCAGGGCCAGCGCGCACUCAAAAUGCCCAGAACAACCCAAUUCUAUACGAAGGCGGCAAGUCUUCCGUCACCUUCUCGGGACCAGGCUCAAAAUACAUCAUGACCCAUCGAAUCCCACCAACAGAUAAAGAAAAUGGUGUUUCAAUCAUCGCCCCGCCAUUUCAUUAUCAUAUCUACCAAGAUGAAUUCUUCCGCGUCCAGUCCGGCAAAGGGAACUUCUACCGCGGCCUUGACCCAAAGCCUUUUGCCGUCCUGUCCGACGACCCAGAUGGUCAAGUUACAGCGUCAGUGAAGGCUGGAUACUUUCACCGCUUUGAAAAUGCAGCCGAAGACAGAGAUCUCGUGGUGGAUAUUCAUCUGACUCCAGAAUCAUAUGAGAACGAACAGCAGUUCUUUAGAAACUUCUUCGGGUACUUGGAUGAUUGUAAAGCGUCGGGUAGUGCACCUAGUAUUUUUCAGCUACUCGUCUUUCUUCAUAGCGCCGAUACUCCAUUGGUAAUUCCGAUUCCCUGGGAAUUCUUGGGCCGGGUGGUCAGUCGGAUCUUGCUUACAACUGCCGCCUACUGGGGAAGAUUUGUGCUAGGCUACAAGCAGACGUAUCCGGAAUACUAUGAUGCAAAGAAGACGAUAUAACAGGAAUUCCAAUCAAGACGAUUUGUAUGUAAGAUAUCCAAUUUGAUAUAUGAUUUAUCUUUCAAUUUGAACAGGGCUCAAGCAGCUACACCUACAAUGUCUGCCUCCUGCUUGACAUCAUCUUCCUUCCUCAA